AUGCAGCAAGGGCCUCCGGACUUUGACCGUUGUGAACGGGCUCGACCGCCUUCUGCCGGGCCGGCCCACCGUCUCCCCCGGUGCAUGAAUCUCCCCGGAAUCCUUGCGCCCGUGUUGGCCGCAGGAGGAGCUUUGGGUGGCCGGAUCAGGCCGGCUAUGAUCCCCUUCGAGGUCCCCCCAGGGGUCGAUCCGGAUGGGGCAUUUAAACUAUGUGUUCAGGUUUCACCUUUCACAACAAAACUAGAUAAUGCUAACUCAGUUGAUGUUCAACGCAAAUAUGAUGAAUGGGUGGUGGACUAUCGCUAUUAUAAUUUGCAGAACUUAGAAAAAGACCUGACAAUUAGGGCCAAGUGGGGAAGCAACCAGCAUCCUGUAAUAUCUGAAUUUGAUAUGAGCAAAGGUGGGGAAAGGAAAAUAGUGGAUGAUAAUGAUUUGUUUGUUGCCUUCUCCGAAAGACUGAUCGAUAAGAAGAUGUUUCUAUAUGUUGAUGUGAAAGAGAAACCUGUAGAAUUGGUUGCAACCUCAGUUGUUUCAGAAGCAACAGAAACCUUGAGCAAUGUGGUUAAUGAUAAUAAUAGUGCACCAGUGCAAUCAAGCUUUGAGCCUGCUGUUGAACAUGGAAUUGAUUGGGAUAAUUUAGAGAUAAUUCCACUUACAGAAGAUAAGAUUGGUAGCACAGUCCCUUUGAUGAGUGAAGAUGCAAUGAAGAGUCGUGCCAAGCAAGGGAGGCCUUGUAAUCCAGUUGCCUCCAACAAAGGAGAUGCAACUAUUGGUACACCUAAAAGGCAAAAGGUUGAUGCGCAGGAAAGUUCAACUCCUAUGCCAGUUACAAGAAGCCAACUGCAAUUAACCAUGGAGAAUAUGGGAGAGACAAGUCACGUCAACAUUAACCCAGGACCUGUUACAAGAAGAGUAUGUAUGUAUGUUGUGUGUUGCCGUCUGAAGCAUAAGCACCAAGGGAGGGAAGAAACAGGCGGUGAAUUCCUCGGUCGCCGGAUCGGCGACGAGGUGGAGAAUGUGGGUGUUGGGCUCGUCGAGAUUGGGGGCAAGGCGGAAGAGGUGCGGGUGCCCCUCAAUGAUGGAGUCCUCGAAGUCGUCGGGGAGGGCGAGCUCGCGCUAGACGCGGAAGAUGGCGCGGAGGGGCAGCAAGCACAGCACCGGUGCGGGGUCUUCCUGUCUGUCCUGUCCAUCGGCACGCACGCACGAGCACAAGCAGCGACAAAUGAGGCCGUCGAUCGUGCUGUGUUCGGGGACUCCAUCACGGAGGAGGCGUUCGGGGAGGGCGGCUGGGGCGCGUCGCUCGCCAACCACUACUCCCGCUCCGCCGACGUCGUGCUGCGCGGCUACAACACGCGCUGGGAAGCACGGGUGGCGGCCCGCGCUGUCGCCAGCAUCGCCGGGGCCGUCUCGGCCGUCACCGUCUUCUUCGGCGCAAACGACGCCGCGCUGCCCGACCGCCGCUGCGCGCUCCAGCACGUGCUCCUCUCCGAGUACAAGGACAACCUCCGCGCCAUCUGCGCGCUCCUCAAGAAGCGGUUGCCGUCGGUGGUCGUCAUCUUCAUCACUCCGCCGCCGGUCGACGAGGACGGGCGCCUGCGGUACCCGUACGCGCAAGACUUCUUCGGCCUGCUGGAGCGUACCAACGCGGCGGCGGGGGUGUACGCGCGGGCGUGCCUGGAGGUGGCGCGGCAGUGCGGACUCAGGGACAUCGACAUCUGGUCCAGGAUGCAGAGGUUCCCCGGCUGGGAGAAGUCGUUCCUCAGGGACGGGCUGCACCUGACGCCGCGCGGCAACCGGGUGCUGUUCGAGGAGGUGGUGUUCGCGCUCAAGGACGCCAACCUCAGCCUGGAGGCGCUGCCCGCCGACCUGCCGCUCUUCGGCGACAUGGACCCCGACAACCCGGUCAAGUCGUUCGAGGACCACGAGUGA